ACCAUUAACAGGAAGGCUAUAGAGCCGUUGUGACGCACCCUCCAUCAAAUCAACAUUUUCUUGUCAGCCCACACGUUUCCUCUAUCGUCGUCAUGACAACGAAUACAAGCAACCUGAAGCUAUCUGGAAAUAUAAUAGGUCUGACAGGCAAACAAUCACAACCGCACACCCAACAGCAGCAGCAGCAGUUACAGCAGCAGCAGCAGCAGCAACAGCACCAUCACCAGUUACAACAGCACCAUCUUCAGCAGCAGUUGCAGAAGCAUAAGCUCAAGCAAGCUCAGCAACAUCUUCAACAGCAGCAGCAGCAGCAGCAGCAGCAACAUCAGUCGGUGGUGACCACCUCACUAUCGAACGGAGUCACACAUCAUCCGGGAGGUGGCGUUUUCACGUCCGCUCUCAAUGGUGGUCUCGUGAAACCUUCCGGUGGACUGACCGCGGGCAGUGGAAUUCCUCAGCAAACUGCAACCGGAACGGGGGUUCCGGGGCAGGCGCCAGGAAGUCAUAUUCCACCUCGCUAUCAACCACCUCCCCAUCCACCGGGCGGUAUCCUUAAGAACGGGUACACUAACGGCCAUCUAAAGGCGGCCUAUCAGCGUCCGGAAGGUGGUGCACAAAACGGAGGCCUAGCGUACAACGGCACUAAAGGGUACGUGGGAGAGAACCUUAAGCGACCUCCAAAUCCAUCCCGGCUUCUUGCACCCCGGCAGCAUAUCCGUUUCUCGAAUCUACCUCCACUAGUGAACGGUGGUCCACCGGCCGUUAGUCAAGCGACACAGCUUCAGCAACAACAACAGCAGCUUCAGCAACAACAGCAGCAGCAAAUCCAAACACUUCAUCAUCUCCCACCAGCACCACACGCACGUCUCAGCUCGGAGUCCUCGUCCGAAGAUCAGACGACAAGUUCGACGAGAUCUUUGCAGGCUCAUCUGGCACACGCGAAAGCGUCGGUGAACUCUGCGCAACAACCUGCCACCGUACCGAACGGCCCGUCAGCCGGUCAUAUCCAUCAAACGACCGCGAUAGUGCAUCAUAGUAGUCAACCCGCGAGUAGCAACGGAACCAACGGAACGAAUUCUAGUGGACAGGGGCAUCUGAAGCCUUCGCAACCAUCACACCUGCCAACUGCAACUAGUGUGCAGCAUCAGCAGCAGCAACAGCAGUCCCAUCCGGUUCACACACUCCAGCAUCCGGCCCAGUCACAGCAGCAAUCAGCACAGCAGCAGAACCAGGAGAUGUUGAAGUUUGUCCGGAAAGCGGAAUCGGAAACCUCCUCUACACCGACCUCUUCGAGUGGCGGUGGUGGGGGAGGUGGAGGUGGACGCAUCUCGGCGCUGGAGCAGAAUCGACACUUUCAGAACCUACUGGCCGAACUGCGAGCACUGAAAGAGGCUAAUCAGCGGUUAAGUGACGACAAUCAGGAGUUGCGUGAUCUUUGCUGUUUCUUGGACGAUGAUCGACAGAAGGGACGCAAGCUGGCAAGGGAGUGGCAACGGUUUGGACGGUACACGGCGAGCGUAAUGCGACAGGAGGUCUCCGCUUAUCAGACAAAACUGAGACAGCUGGAUGACAAGCAGCAGGAAUUGAUCCGGGACAAUUUGGAGUUGAAAGAGCUUUGUCUGUAUCUGGACGAGGAACGGAACAACACAGGUGGUCGUACGGCAGCCGUUUGCUCUAGCUGUGGUAACUCGUCGACGAAUGCCGUCCCCCUUCGAGACGACGGGGAUGGCAGCAGUUCCAGUACGAAUGCGGACGAAAACCUGCACAACAUAGGACAGUUUGGACGAAAUGGAAUGGACCUCAACAUGCGAUCAACUUUAAGCGACCAGACACUGCAAUACGUUCGAGCGCUCGAGACAAGGAUACGGCAGCUAGAGGAAGAACGAGCGGUAGUCCUCAACAAUAGCUCAACAACGACCGCUUCCACCACGAACGGCGGUGGACAGGUGCAGGUGACAACUUCUUCCUCCAACGAUCCCAUAUCCGGCCGCCCCGAGGCUGUCGUCCGAGCUCUGCAGGUACUGGAGGUACGCGAACAGUUAGAACGCGAACGAAUCGGUAACACACCGCCCGAUCAGCUGGACGACGGCGAGAAGGCACUGGUACGAGAGAUGUGCAAUGUGGUGUGGCGCAAGCUGGAGGACGCUCCCAAUACCGGUAUCGAUCAGCACGUCUAGGGAUAACAUUCUGCUCCUGUUCAACCUCCGAGGCUUACUUUAGACGGCGCGUACUCCUCAUUUCAAAUAGGACGAUGUACAAAUUAU